AAGUUCAUCAGACAAUUUCUAUACAGGGAAGGAUUUCACUACUCUCAGUGCAUUGAAUUCCCUAAGCACAGAAAUUACAAGUAAAAAGGAGGACGUACCUGAUUGUCGACUGCCGGGAGUGUUAUACAGAGGAACUAGAAAUGUAACAAUAACGGGACGGUUGUGCCAGAGGUGGGUUAAACAGAGUCCACAUGAACACAACUAUGAUGUCUUCAAUCUUGCUCAAGAGAACUAUUGUCGGAACUUUGACCGAGAGGAACCAUGGUGCUACACGAGUGACCCCAAUGUACGCUGGGAACUCUGUGACGUCAGAGUCUGUGUAACCAAAUGUCUCAACCAGUCUUUCUAUAGCUUUGACGUCAUUAAACAGUGCUACUUGGUUAAUAAUCAACAAACAGACUGCAAAUCAAUAUCAAAGCUUGGCCUUUGUUUGAAGAAUCACAUAGAAAUUUCCUCUGAAGUGAAGUGUCCAGAAAUAAAAGUGAGAUCAAUUCUUCUGCAAUCACAAAGCAUGAUAGAGAAGAUAAUAGGGAAGUCUAUUUAUGACUGUGUUAGGUCCCCUUGUAUUGAUCCUGACUAUGCAGAUGCCGUCAGGUUGGUCAACUAUGCAGAACCGUGUCUAAAAAUAUUUCCCAUUAUUAAUUUCACCUUGGACACAUCAAUGGAUCUUCUAUGUCGGUCUGCGGUAGGGAUAUCUAAUUGUGUGCUAGCAACGGUCACCGAGGAAACCGACUCUACCUGUUUGUCCAAAGACAAAGUACUUAUCGCCAAUAAUUUUAUGAACCUCAUUCCCAGACCAUUCCGGACCAGAAUCAGGUUUUGCAUAAAGAACAACUACACUGAGUUCUACUCAGCAGAUAUAGAAAAUGCAAUUCAAGACUCCACAGGGAAUAUUAGUCAAACUCUGAUUUUCUUGCUUGUGGGAUUAGCGUUUUUUCUCCUUUUUGUUGCCAUCUUGGCGAUCAGCUUAGUGAAAAUGAGGGCAAUGUUAUUAAAGAAAAGAAGGAAAGAGUUAAUGCGCCUUCCCAGUGUUCCAAAAGCAGGAACUCCUCAGUACGAAUCCACCUUUGUCAUAUCAGAGGGUCCGUAUCUUGAUCCUGAUUAUGACGUCAUAGAAGAAAUGGACGAGGGUUAUGAACGCUUACCCGAACCAAAUAUAGAAAACACAGAACAAGAGGAAUCAAAUAUUGAAAGAACAUAUACAUUACCUACCAAUCCAGAAGGAACAUAUCUAGAUGUAGUACAUGUUAAGAAAAAUGUUACUGAUUAUAUAAAUAUUCAUCCUUAUACAGAAUUAGUCAAUGAUUCAGAGGACCAUAGGUCUACGGUAGAUGACCAGUUAUUCCACAGAGGAAAUAGAGAAAGUCCAGAAAAAUUAGCCACCAUUACAGCACCGGAUGUUGAAAAUCAGUAGCAUUGAAUUUUCAAAAUCUAUAAUCCAAUCAAUAGGCUCAUAUGUAUGAAUGAUCAAUCAAAAUCAUUAAAUUUUUCUUUUCUAUAAAUAUGUGCAGUACAUUUCACUUUAAACUGGCAUUAUAACCUAUCACAAUAAAUUUCAUUUUCCAAUUUUGAAAAAAAAACAUGGGUGAAUAUCCAAAAAAGUGUUAUAUAUUAACAUUAUACAUUCUUCAAGGAGUUUUCUCUGAGAACCCUCCUUAUACAAGCAGACUUACAAUGAACCCAAUUCAAACUCUAGAGAUUUCUAAAUGUCGAGAAAAUUGUGGAUACACAUUUUACAAUUACGUGACAACAGCGUGUAAAAUACAGUGACAGUCGAAAAGUGUCACAUCCGGUGUAUUCUAGACUUCUUGUUUGGUACAAAAUGUUCGCCAGAAUUCCACCUCCUUACUCAAAACUGGUUAUCCCCACCGACUAUUUCUUACUACAACACAGAACUUUAGUGUGAUGUAAUAUUUGAUAAA